AUGGUCAAAUCCAAUAAAUUCGACUAUACAGGUCGCACAUCAUCAGGCCCUAAAUUGGGCAAGUCAAUUGCGUCCGACCUUGAAAAGCGAGCAGACAAGAAGCAGCGCGAAGCCAACAAACCAUCAUCGUCAGCUCCUAGGUUGUCAUUGAGAUUGCAUGCCUCGGCCAAGCGCACUCCCAACAAGGACCGACUCAAGAUCAAGGACAGAGAUCGUGAUGACUCUGAAAGCGAUGCGAAGGACAACAUGCUCCACAAGCUCGACCUGAAAGUGCCCAGCAAGUCUUUGACCGACGACGGCUUUGCUCUUCUCGCCGAUGGCCUGCAAAAUGCUCUCACCACAUGUCGAGACUUAGCUCUGGUCGAUCUUAACCUCACCAACAACGAUCUUACUACCCGAUCUUUGGCUCGACUGGCUCCUCUCAUCCAGGCAUCUUGCUACACCCUACAGACCCUUGACCUGUCUCACAACAACUUUCAGGUCUCAAGUGACAAGCAGGCUGAAGAAUGGCAGCUGUUCCUUCAGUCUUUUCACAAUUGCAUGACGCUGCGAAGACUUGACCUCGGAGACAACCCCCAUCUCGGAUCCCGGGCCUUUGAGAUUCUUGCCAGAGUCUACUCACGCGAGCCUGCUGUGGAUCCUGAGCCUGCCACUGGCAACCAGUCAUUCAUCACCUUGCCGGACAGCUGUUCAGUGCUUAGCAACGCUAGCCUCGAUGGCGCCCAAAUCACGAAUGGAAACGACCCUGGUCUUCUCAGAUGUGCCAAUGGAAAGACGCUUGCCGAUCCAUGGAUGCUCAAGCAUCGCCGCGGUCUUCGGUCGAUCCCUUACUUGACCCUGACCAAUGUCGGUCUAGAUGACACGGGCGGCCUCUUCCUGUCCUACGUUCUGGAACAACACUACUAUCCCAUCCAGCUGGUCACAGAAAACAAUGCAACCGAAGCCACAUCUUCUAUCCCUACCUACCGCCAAGAUGGCAACACAAAGGGCAUCGAUUGGGACAACAAUUCCGAGUUCUUGUCCAAAGACGGCCUUCACUUGCUUNNCCAAUGUGCUGAGAAGUUGAGGAUGAAGAUGCUACUGGGAGACUCGGACAGUGUCACUAGCUCAUACAUGUCGGCAGGUGUCGCAGACGCACCUGAUAUAUCUCCUAUCAUUACUCCCGGUGUCGGCCUCCGACGUUCGAGUCUCUUCUCUGUCCAGUCCGCUGACUACAGUAUGUUCGACAAAUCCGACAUUCAAAGCGCUCGAAAGAAGGUACAACGAAACACCAUAGGGCACGCUGGUUGUGAAAGUGUCGACCUGUGGCGCGCGUCUCUAUCCGCAAUCAUUGUGUCUCGCAAGGUCUUCCUCCUAGCACCUGUGUUCAAGAUGUUCGACGCUACCAAUUCGAUCGUGAAGACAAGCGCACAGGAUACUGAGUCCAACCAGAACAAGAAUGGUCAUGCUGCUCACGUCGAUAACGACCAGGUCAUUGAAAUGCCUGUCACUGAUGGCCACCUCGAACAAUCUCUGAGCACGCUUUCGCUGCAUCCUGACUCGGUCAACUUCGAAGACAACCAGAACAAGCGCUCGUACGCCUCCACUCUCAUGACAUCCUCGCCUGUUGACUCGAUGAGCCCAGAGUUGGCUACGUCAGAUGAUGAUGCAGUCUUGACGGUGCAAUCUAGCACCAAGAUUCUUCGUACAAGCGCCUCAUCCCGUAGUCGCUCGGAAGGCUCUGAAAUGAACGGUCCAGACGGUAACCAGAAGAUCGGAAGACAUGUCAAGCCCGACGUCAGCUCUGAAGAGUACAUGCGCUACCAGAAGAACAGAAUGGAGAAGCUGAAAGCAUACCACAAAGGCGAGAGUGACGGCUACAGAGAUGUCAGUCUACGUUGCCACCUUCCUCUCCCUAUCUGCCUUGAGAUUCUGAGACGCAGUAUGAGCCGUGUUGAUCUCAGUCAUCUUGGUUUGGACAAGCAGAGAAAGGCGUUCACAUGGGGCCAGAAGAGGGAGACUCUGAAGAGUGGAUAUGACUGGAGAAUCAAGGACGAGAGCUCUCAGCUUCUCAUGCUCCUUUCUGGUGCCGAGUGUGUUGAGUAUUAGUGGUUGGCUGUAGAUGUGCCGACAGGGCUCGUGGCUCGUAGCUCGUAG